AUGGCGACGGAGCACGAUAGACCACCUAAGAAGGCCAGGAUCAGCAACGCCAAAUCCACCACCAAGGCGAUAGCGACAUCGAGUUCAAGGCAGUCCUUGCCGUCCACAUCCGCAGCCGUGCUAUCUCCAUCACUCCAGCACGACCAGACAACCGCAGUCCAGGAGCAUAUCGCCAUGCUGCGCAGGACCAUCGAUCAGCUCGAAGCAUCCAUCCUCCCAGCUGCACCAUCGCAGAAGCAAACGCCAUCCAGCUCAUCCUCGUCAUACUACUACCACGACCACGCAGCAUCACCGCCGGGCGUACUGCUGACCACCAACGAUCGACUGGUCUGGGCGGAUGUCGCGCAUCUCUUCCCACCAAAACGCGAUGUCGAACGCAUCCUCGAGUACUUCCUUCGCGAUAUGGUGUACCUCAUGAUCCCCGUGCAAGAAAAGCAGCUCUGGCGAGCGUGGAUGCGGCUCACGAGUACCACACCUCCAGCGGUGCCUGCCUGGGCGGAUGCAGACUCGGAAUUGUACGAACCGGGCAUCUCGCGUCCCAUGGUGGCCAGCUUGCUCCUCUGUCUCGCCUCGACGUCGUUCAUGAUCCCGCAGCGUCGAGAGGAGGAGCUCGAGCUGACACGCGGCAUGGAGGAGCAGCGCGAUCAGUGGGUCACCAGCGCUCUCGCACUCGGUCGAUGCGGCGCCAUCUACAGCAACGCCGAAGUCGGACCCCAGCCCUGGCUGCACUACAUCGACUCGAUCGCAGACGCCUCGCUCGACAGGUUCGGAUUCGAGACGCUCGCCGUUCGCAUCUCCGCGCUGCUCGGCAUGACCGAGACGUCGUACCAUCUAGUCGGCGAGUCUCUACGCCGAGCGCUACGCAUCAACUUGUACGACGAAUCGGCAGCCAAAGCAUCCGAUUUGUUCCACAUUGACGACCCGGAGUUGACCGACGACGAGGUGGUGCAGAUGAGGAGGCGAAUCGGGGCUCAGCUGGUCAUCAUCGAGAGGUGGAGCUGCCUGUAUGCGGCUCGGACGCCCAUGAUCGACGAGGAGGCUGAAGUGCUACCACUGCCUACGCCCGGCUACCUGCGGGACAGCGAGGAGGUCUCGCUCGACUUUUCGCGCUUCGUAUCGAAGAUCCGAUUGCUGCCUGCCCAACUGACGGCGUUGACGACACGCAAGCCGGGCGACUGGUCCACCCAACGCACGCGAGAUCAAGAAGCCGUUCAACGCAUCCUCGACAUCGACCGCGGUCUCUGCGGCAUGUACGAUCCGACGCAGCCGCGACCUCACCUCGGCGGUCGGUCCCACUCGUCCAUCCUCGCCGACCUGCCCGACAUCCUCGAGCGCAACCAGCACCUCGACGUCAGCGACGCACACAUCAACCAGCUGCAUCGCGAAUUCGCCGAUGCGCUCAUCAUGACCUCCUCCUGGCUAUCCUUGCGCUGCUUGGUGACGAGCAACCUCAUGUUCCUCCCCUGGGUGCCGGACGUGACGAGUCGAUACUACGCGUUGAACCUGGCGCGACGGCUCAUCGAGUUGCUGCCGAGCAUCUGGAUGAUGGCGAGCAGUCCGUAUGUCCCGUUCAGCUCGAGUUGGAUCAGUCGCCAUCUGUUUUUGGCCUGCACUGUGCUGAGUGUUCCCAUUCUGGGGCAGGAACCUAGCGCUGCGGCGUCCGCAGCUGCAGGUAAAACCGGCGAAUUGCAACCAGGAGCACGGCAGGAGGAAGACGAACCCGAUCGCGGGUCCGACUUUGCCCCAUCCCGCAUGCAGAGCAAGCACUUCUUCAACAAGCUCUCCACUCCCAAACCCGCAGACGCAAACUCGACGCGCUUACCCGCCUCAUCCUCGGUCGACCUCGACUGGUUCUCGUCCAAACUCGUCGAGAUCGCGUCGCUGUUCAGCAAGCUCGCGGAGCGAGGCGAUCAAACGGCGGGGUUCAAUACCAAACUCAUCCACGCACUGCUCAAUGGGCGGGCGGAACUUCGGGAUCGGGUGCUAGACAAGCUCGGACAGAAGCAGAAGAGUUUGCCGGCCACGAGCGGGGAGAUGGGUGGACUGGGGGGGAGGUUUGAGAGCCAGCGCGAUCUGACGGCGUUCGUGAUGGCGCCGAGUAUAGGGAAGAGCUCGCCGAGCAGUGGGAGUACGGGGACGAGUCCGGCGACUGGGCCCGCUGCUAGCCCCAGCAGCGCCGGUAGGGGCGGUUAUGGUGGUGGGGCAAGAAGGAAAGAUGGCCUGUUGGGGAGGGAGAAGCUGGAUGGACAGAGGAACAGUCCCAGCUUGCAUGAUUUGGCCAACGCUGUUGACUAUACGAGUGCCGGGACGCGCAACCCUGGGUCGGCAUAUACUCAAGGUUUCGCAGCGGGGAACCCCGCCCCCCUGCCCUCGUUCUCCCCCACACCCGCAUACCAGCAGCAGCAGCAGGAGUCAGUCCGCUCUACAACUACCAGUGCCGCGCCGGCAGAAACAGCCGCAGGGAUAGGAUGGGACUGGGACAAAGCGUUCUUCCCGCCCACUCCGGCCGGUGGCAAGGCCGCGGGCGCGGGUGGUGGCGAUGUGCUCGCCAACGUGCCGAUGCUGUUGGACACGCAGGACUGGUUGGCCAUCUUGGACGGGGUGGAUAUUCCGCUUUGA